CAGAAGUAACAUGGAGUGUAAGUGGUUUUCAGUGGUUUGGCUGUUUGUUACCAUAAAUUCCUUACCAGUUCAGUCGCAACAACCCACACCGAACGGGUUGUGUGACGGUAUCAGGAGCAAUUCCUUCGUGGUCGAUCCAGAAGAUUGCACCAAAUUUUUCCAGUGCAAUGGAGACUCUGCCAUACACGCCUCGUGCCCUUCAGGAAUGUUUUAUCAUUCCAAAGAUGUGUGUAGUACAGAUGCGUCUGAGUGUGAAAGUUACACACCGCCGGAGUCAACCGUCACAUCUACGGAGCGCCCAUUAACGACAGUAGUUGUAACUCCCACCACGAAUUCGCCCAUGGGUAACGCAACCGAUCCGGAGUCAUUUUGUCUAGCUGGCGAUCCGGAUUUUCCCAGCUUUGUGAAGAGUCCCACCAACUGUUCGGAAUACUACAUCUGUGUUGAUCGUAAGCCAAUCUUACAAAAGUGUACCGCUGGGAGAUACUGGAACACUGCCCAACUCUACUGUGACGAUCCGAGAAAGGUGGCAUGUGAGCAUGAUCGUAUAGCCGACCCGCAAGAUGUUUGUCAGCAAACACAAGCGAACGACAUAUCCUUCACGGCAAGCCCCACGAGUUGUGAGGAGUACUAUUUGUGCUUCAAUCGGAAACCAUUCCUUAUGCGCUGUGCCCCGGGCAGUCACUGGAACGCUGAAAGCAACCAAUGUGAUGCCGUCGAAGUUGUGAAAUGCAAGAUAAAACCUAUCCCAAUCGAUCUUGACGCACUUUGUUUCGAAAGAAACAACACAUUUUUAAGUCAUCCCACUUAUUGCGAUCUGUACUUGUACUGUCGGAAUGGCAAGGCGUCUACUCAACGAUGUCCGUUCCUCACCGAUUGGGACCCGGUCAACGAACGCUGUGUUCCACGCUCUUUAGCUAACUGUACAAAGCGGCGUCUACAGUUACCCCGAAACUGUUGGGAAAUCACUAUGAAAUCGUACAGAUUCCUGCGCCUUACCAGUGUCGUACUGUGUGGACUUCUGGCGCCAAAAGUCGAUGCACAGGAGUUCGAUCCGAUGGAAAUUUGUCGAGGAAAACCAGACGAUGCCACAGUCAUGAACCCGUUGUCCUGUGAUUCCUUUUUACUGUGCCAGAAUAGCAUGCCAGUGGGGACUGGUCGGUGUCCCAGUGGCAUGUUAUUUAACACUCAGCAAGAUAUGUGUGAUUUUCCCGAAAAUGUGGAUUGCGGCUCCAUUCCAUUGCCUCCCGAUUUCGAGCAAUCCAGUACAGUGACUUCCCAAACGACGCUAACGGAUGAAGAGGGAAAGACAACCGCGAUGCCGUCCACAACACACUCCUGUCCAGCGGUUGACGAUCCAGUGGUGCCGAUGUACCUACCGAAAGUGGACGACUGUGCUUCCUACAUUUUGUGCUAUCAUGGCAAUCCUUUGCUUAUGCAAUGUCCAAACGGAUUAGUGUGGAAUACGGCUAGUUCCAUCUGUGAUUUGCCCGAGAAUGCUAAAUGUCAGGCAAUAUACCAAGAUCCGUAUGGCUGUCCAGAAACAGGAAGUGAAGUUUUAGCUCAUCCCACCAACUGCAAGAAGUUCAUCUACUGCCUGAACGGUAUUUCCAGGGUACAAGUUUGUCAAAUGUUUAAACAUUUCGAUCCGGUAGCCAAGGAAUGUGUUCUUGGUAAAUGCUGAUGUGAAUAAAACUAUACCAAUGUGACUGUGUAA